AACACAUUCAAAACAUAAUUUGGUUAGAGAGUCUUACACAAAAGGAGUACAAAAGUUUUUUCAAUAUGGCCAAUCCUAAUUGGCCAUCUUCACUUAUGUUGUUCUUAGCCUUGUUUUCCAUGGUUGCACAUAUAAGUGCUCAAUACACUCCACCAACACCACCAUCGUAUGUUUAUCCGCUUCCGCCAUAUAUUUACAACAGUCCUCCACCAUACGUUUAUAAUCCUCCAUCACCACCUCCGUAUGUUUACAAAGCUCCACCGCAAUCUCCUCCAUAUAUCUACAGCUCUCCGCCACCACCUCCAUAUGUUUACAAAUCUCCCCCACCACCUCCUUACGUCUAUAGCUCCCCACCACCACCUCCAUAUGUUUACAAGUCUCCCCCACCACCUCCAUACGUUUAUAGCUCCCCGCCACCUCCUCCAUAUGUUUAUAAAUCUCCCCCACCACCACCCUAUGUCUAUAGCUCCCCACCACCUCCUCCAUAUGUUUACAAGUCACCACCACCUCCUCCUUACGUUUAUAGUUCUCAACCACCUCCUCCAUAUGUUUACAAGUCUCCCCCUCCUCCUCCAUACGUUUACAGUUCCCCUCCUCCUCCUCCAUAUGUUUACAAGUCUCCCCCUCCUCCAUAUGUUUACAGCUCUCCUCCUCCUCCUCCAUACGUACCUCCAUACGUCUACAAAGCUCCUCCACCUCCUCCUUACGUCUAUAGCUCGCCACCACCUCCUCCAUAUGUGUACAAGUCUCCUCCACCACCUCCAUACGUCUACAGUUCUCCGCCACCCCCUCCUUAUGUUUACAAAUCUCCUCCACCACCUCCCUACGUCUAUAACUCGCCACCACCUCCUCCAUAUGUAUACAAGUCUCCUCCUUAUGUCUACAGUCCGCCACCGCCUCCUCCAUAUGUUUACAAGUCUCCUCCUUAUGUCUACAGUUCGCCACCGCCUCCUCCAUAUGUUUACAAGUCUCCACCUCCAUAUGUAUAUAGCUCUCCACCACCUUAUGUCUAUAGCUCUCCUCCAUAUGUAUACAAGCCUCCUUCUUAUGUCUAUAGCUCUCCGCCACCUCCAAGUUACAGCUAUAGCUCUCCCCCUCCACCGAUAUACUAACCAUAUAUAUACUUGAUGAAGUGAACCUUGAAGGAAGAUUGUAUUUAAUAAGUGAACUCACGGUUUAAAAAGCUUUUUCUUUCGAGACUUCAAUAUAUAAGAAAUGUACUGAAAUAUUUAUGUGAUAUGGGUUGCUUGCUUUUGAUGUUGUUUUCCCUUCUAAAAGAUCAAUGUUUUGUCUUCCAUUUAUAACUAUUGAAUAAAUUUAAUAUUUUAAAUAAUAAUUGGGUAUAUAUAUA